UGUGCGUCAGAUAGAGGCGUCGCACAGCAGCUCUCAGUCGCUUGUUUUAUCUCUUAUAUAUUUAUGUUUUUCAGACCGCAGUUGAUUAAUGCGCUUAAUAUUGUAGUAUAAUCUUUAGAAAAUUUGCAUCGAGAGAUUUGACAGACAGUUUGUUUUGUUUUACAUCCACACAUCUGCUUGUGGGAGGUUAGUAGAUCUUCGUUUAUUAUGGUUGUAGUGAACGGUUUGAAGGAUCCUACGAUUUCCAAAACCACCGUGGUUUUGGAAGUGAAUAGCCAUGACUGAGCGAGUGUUUGUGUUUGUUGAUGAAGAGGAGCUUUUCAGCGUGAUGAAGGACCUUGACUGUCUCUACUGUAGAAAUCCAGUGACUGCAUCUAAACAUCACCUCAAAAAGAGACAUCUCAGAUUUGCUAUAUAUUAUAAAGAUUCUGGCAUUGGGAAGUUUUCUAUCCCCUGUUAUUGUUCUGAUGGAGGCCACGGCAGGAGCCACUGGCAUUGCCCAAUGUGCUUAAAAAUAUUGCAAAGGACAAAGGAUUACAAAAUCCAUAUUACAAACCAUGGUGUUGAGAUGACAGACAAAUCCACAGUUGAGCUACAACCUACAGCAGUCCUGUUGGAGAGCGUACAAACGGAAAACGAAGACAAGACACCAGGCAACAACAAGUCGCCGUGCCAGAAGUGUGGGAUCCUCUUUACCACCACAUCAAAUUUGAGACGGCAUGAGCGACUACAGCACGGCCAAGACCAACAGCCCAUUUUAUGCAUAGAUGCCAAAAAUGCAAUCUAUGUCACACCGAAGGAUCUGCACGGGCCGAGAGUGCCCAUUCACAUCCGUAAAUCCUUCGCCUUACAGAUUCUGUUGUGUGAACUGGAGGAGUGCUGGGAUUUCAUGAAAGCGCAGGCCCAGAGCGGGAAUCCCGGUAAGGAGUGCCGUCACCUUGUCAGAACUAACCAUGCGCGGCACUACGCUUCCCCUCCACCGCUGUGCGUUAACUCUCUAAAGGAAAUGACUGACAAACACCUCCUGUCCACGUCGGAGAAACAAGAGUGCCAGGAAAUGAACUCCAGGGCGUGUAUAGAAGGAGUCGAUUGUGUGUACCCUAUUUUUUGGGGCGAGCAUGACAUUUCAGAGAGAUGCAUCUACUUUUCUGUGUACACCGACCUUGAGGACAAAUGGUGUCAGUUUGGGAGGACACGCGUCUCGUUUGACACCAAAUCUGGCAACUGGAAGUGUCUCUGCGAACGCAGAAGAAACCGCUGCAUCCACAAGUGUUUAUCCAUGUGGUGGUUGUUUCAGGAGCGUCUUGAGUUGUUGCAAAAUACCCUAGAUGUCAGUGCCGAAAGAGUUGAUGUGCUUGAGGAAGUGGUCAUGGAUACAGAGGACGUGGUUAAAAUGUCUUCUGAGGGUGACAACCUCUGUUAGACUCAACAUCCGUCAGAACUUCUCUCAUUUUCUGUUUUCACUCAAUAAAAACACUAGACAUA